CCCGAGAAUGGGGAGGAUGCAGGGGCCCGGUGGGCGCCGGGCCGUCACGGGCCGGGGGCGGGGUUCUGACCAACCCCUCCCGGCUUCCAAGGCACCCACGCUGUGAUCGCGUCAAAGAGGCCUGGGCAGGUGCACCGAAGAUGUGGGAGCAUGGGAGACACGCUGUGUCCACUUCACUCUGGUUGCACCGUGACACCUGCUUCAGAGGACAGUCUGGAAAGGACGAGAAGGAAUAACGUCACAGAGGAGAAACCUGGCAAACACUACCUCAGCCAGGUGAUCAAAGUCACUAUCAACAACGGGGCUGGCCCUCCGCCUUCCAGGCCCUUUCUCCCCACAUGCCGGGGAAGACAGGGGCCAACAUGGAUCUUCCUGUGGACAUCAGCUGAGCCUGGAAGCUUCGCCCCCCCGGAGACCAUGGAAAGGGAUGGCAGCCGGAAUGCUUCCCUGGCAAGGACGUCUCCAGCCCGGGCAUCCCCUUGCAGGUCAUCAUCUGCCAGGUCAGCCUCCACAACGUCUUCUCCGACAAGAGUGUACCUUGUCAGAGCAACACCAGUGGGGGCCGUACCCAUCCGGGCGUCUCCUGCAAGGUCAGCGCCAGCCACCAGGGCCACCGGGGAGAGCCCAGGUACCAGCUUGCCCAAGUUCACCUGGCAGGAGGGCCGGAAGCGGCUGCCGCUCAUCGGAUGUGUACUCCUCCUCAUUGUCCUCGUGGUGUCGCUCAUCAUUCUCCAUGGGGGAAGAGAGCCCCAGAGUCCAAGAGGGAUUGCAGUCUAUUUCUGGCGGGGCCAAACAGGGAUCAAGUACAAGGAGCCGGUGGAGAGCUGCCCCCCUCAUGCUGUGCGCUGUGAUGGGACCGUGGACUGUAAGCUGAGGAGUGAUGAGCUGGGCUGCGUGAGGUUUGACUGGGACAAGUCUCUGCUUAAAGUCUACUCCGGAUCCUCCCAUCAGUGGCUUCCCAUCUGCAGUGACAGCUGGAAUGACUCCUACUCAGAGAAGACCUGUCAGCAGCUGGGUUUUGUGAGCUCUUACCGGACGACCAAGGUGGCCCAUAGGGAUUUUGCCAGCAGCUUCUCAAUCUCCAAAUACAACUCCACCCUCCAGGAAAGCCUCUACAGGUCUGAAUGCCCUUCCCAGCGGUAUAUCUCUCUCCAGUGUUCCCACUGUGGACUGAGGGCCAUGACGGGGCGGAUCGUGGGAGGAGUGCUGGCCCCGGAGAGCAAGUGGCCUUGGCAAGUCAGCCUGCACUACGGCACCACUCACAUUUGCGGGGGCACGCUGAUCGACGCCCAGUGGGUGCUCACCGCCGCCCACUGCUUCUUUGUGACCCGGGAGAAGAUUCUGGAGGGCUGGAAGGUCUACGCAGGCACCAGCAACCUGCUCCAGCUGCCUGAGGCAGCCUCCGUCUCCCAGAUCAUCAUCAAUGGCAACUACACGGACGAGGAGGACGACUAUGACAUCGCUCUCAUGCGGCUCUCCAAGCCCUUGACCCUGUCCGCUCACAUCCACCCUGCCUGCCUCCCUAUGCACGGACAGACCUUCAGCCUCAAUGAGACCUGCUGGAUCACAGGUUUUGGCAAGACCAAGGAGACGGAUGAGAAGACAUCCCCCUUCCUCCGGGAGGUACAGGUCAACCUCAUUGACUUUAAGAAAUGCAAUGACUUCUUGGUCUACGACAGUUACCUUACCCCAAGGAUGAUGUGUGCCGGGGACCUUCGGGGAGGCAGAGACUCCUGCCAGGGAGACAGCGGGGGGCCCCUGGUCUGUGAGCAGAAGAGCCGCUGGUACCUGGCAGGAGUCACCAGCUGGGGCACGGGCUGUGGCCAGAGAAACAAGCCCGGUGUGUACACCAAAGUGACCGAAGUCCUCCCCUGGAUUUACAGCAAGAUGGAGAGGGAGGUGCGCUUCCGGAAAUCCUAAGCAGCUGGCCUGUCCUACCUCACGGCACUGGCCAAAGUGUCGGGGCCAUCCGCAGUGUCACCUUGGCUAAAGGCCACCGGGCACCUCUGUCACUCCCACCUCCUCUGUCUGUUGCCUCUGUGAAGACUCAUGCAUGUGUGCAUGUGUGUGUGUGCGCGUGCACCUGUGGUAUGCACGCGCAUGU